AAAUCAUAUCUGGAAAAAAUAAUAAUCGCAUUUCUGUUUCAGUCAAAGGGUUAUUCAAACUUUUUGGCGGUAAUAUCUCGUUGUGGUUUCUUAUCGUCUGAACACCGUAGCGCAAUUUACUUUAAUCUAAAAUGACAUAUUACUUAAUUUUUAGCAAGUGGCGAUGACCUGGGUAAGCAAUUCUGGCUUUCUUGCUUGCAUAUUUUAUAAAGUCUUACGGGUUAUAUAAGUCAGUCUACCGCUAACAGUUAAUUUGAUUUAUUUGGAUCAAUCCUCUAAAUUCAAGUUUUUUAUACUGUCUCUUUUGUCAGUUUCACUGUCAACAAGCGUCGUGGAAAGUAUGAAAAAACAUUUGGUCUUUUUAACCGCAUUUUGGGUGUUCGUUUUAAACAACAUUAUUUUUGCUGGACGGUUUCAGUUAUACUGGCAAAAAUACGUACGUCAUUGGUUGCUUUUCAACACGAAAAAGCAUCUAUUAACGAAACCUUCCUCCUUUUACCCGAAAUGGGUCAUUUGCGGUUGUUUUUGGUCUUUUGAGGCAUUCAGUAUUCUGUCUGCAAUAUGAGGGAGUAAGGGCAGUGAUUUACUCGUUUUAGUGAAACAUUAUACCAUCGUAUUAUCAGGUAGGUGACGGUCAUCGGUCGACCAUCUAUUUCCUUAGAAUGUAAUACUCUUUAAUAGGCUUAAACCUAUCCUUUCAUUCAACGUAAUGCUUUCUAGAUCAGGAGGCAAAAUUGGUGGUUGGUAGGUGAUCAAGUUUGUCGAAAAAUUUCAAAAGUCGUUUGCUCCCUGAAGAAAGAUUAAUCUGUUACUGGAAAUAAAUCCUUGCGCUAUUCAUCUGGACUUUUCUGUUAUCCAGGGAUUUUUACUGGUGUCGGUACGUUUUCCUACCUUGCAAAAUCAUGAAAAUGUAAUUUCCAUAGGGCUGCAGAAGUUCCAGAUACGCAAAACUUCAUUUGAAGCCGAAAAAAGAAUUAGAAACCAAUUAUUUUGA